UGUUACUUUGCCUUGAUGCCUUGUUGAGGCGACUUACAGUCAGUCUACCCACUGAACAGCACAUAGACAACUUCUCUCAGAAGCCAAAAAACAGCAUGUUACGGAGUCUCAUCACGCUCACCAUGCUGCUGCUACUGGCAGCACAGCUGUCACUGUCAGACACAGAGAAUGGUGAUAACUCAGAGGCAGACAUGUCAGAGACACUGCAGCUGCUGGCAAAUACAUACCGGACAGCCAUGACGAGAGCAAUGGAUGUUGGACAAACCCUGCUAGACUUCAGCACGAUGUAUUACCAAGACCAUGUCAAGCCCACGACAGACAAAUACAUUGAGCUGGCUUCUGACACCACAAACUCCAUGUGGGAGCGCAUAUCCAACAAAUGGAAGGAAUAUUAUGACAACUAGUUGCCAGUAGCAGAAAUACGCAACACGUCUUGCUCCCCCCAUAUCUGGCAAGUCAUUCAGGCAAGUGUCAUUUAGACUUUAGUCUCACCAUAUUCCUUAGUAUGUUCACAGCCGAUGACAAAGACAAGGUAAAGAAUGUUGAAAAUUGGGUCAGAAAUGCAAUAUAUACACAUUACUUUAUUCCUACAGGUUUUAAAGAGUAUGAUGUAACUAUGCAGUAUUACUCAACGUCACGCAUCAGAGUUCUUUCUGAGCCUGACUGCAUUGCACGCCCAUCAAACCUGCAACACCUUGUUUUGAGUCAGCUGUUCCUGGAAUCAGGAACAUAUGAACAUAUAAGAAAAUCAGGUUCCUCUUAAUCUAAAAUUACUGGUUCUGUGCUGGCUGAACUACUGCUCUGUCUUAAUUAAACCAGUUGUUGCGUUCUA